AUGGCUAUGCACAUCCCUAAACCCCCAGGGUUUUUGUCAAUGCUCAAGGAGGGUGCUCUGGCGUGCCUUAGUAUCGCUAAGACGACUCGUUCCACGUAUGGACCGUGUGGGUUAAAUAAGAUUGUAAUUAAUCAUAUUGGUAAACAAUUUAUAACAAACGAUGCUGCUACCAUCCUGAGGGAGCUUGAGAUCGCCCAUCCAGCCGCCAAAAUUUUAGUAAUGGCAUCACAACAACAAGAUCAAGAGGCCGGCGACGGGACGAAUAUAGUAUUUCAGCUAGCCGGUUCAUUUUUAGAACAAGCCCGUGACUUGUUAAAGAUGAGGGCUAUGAUCGAGCUUCUAAAAAAGCAUAUGAAAUACUUGAUGGUUAGUUCUGCUUUGCUCAUUUGGAUAGAACUUGUCGUCGAUGAAAUUGCUGAUGUGCGAAAUAUAUCUUUGGUAAAGCCUGCUAUUAGGUCUGCAAUAAUGAGCAAGCAGGUCGAUUUUGCGGAAAUGUUAAGUGAUCUUGUAUCAAAAGCAUGUAGUAAGUUGGCCUCUGUCUUUAUCUAUACACUUCUCCAGGGCUCUGGUGUUAUGAGCUCUCAGAUGAUUAAUGGAAUGGUAUUUAAACGUGAUGUUGAAGGUGAUGUAAAAGAGGCUUCUAAUUGCAAAGUUGUCAUUUACUCGUGUCCUCUGGAUUCUUUGCAAACGGAGACUAAAGGUACAGUCUUGCUUCAUACGGCUGACGAGCUGACCUCGUUCUCCAAGGGUGAAGAAGCUCAAAUAGAAAAGAUAAUCGCAUCAAUCAGGGAUGCUGGGGCCAAGGUUAUUGUGAGCGGUGGCAAGAUAGGCGAAUUGACUAUUCAUUACGCAAAUAAGUUU